CAGCCAGUCAGCUGGGGAGCUGCAGAUGAAAGACGCCAAGGCUCCGGUCAGCAGCAACCUCGCUGGGCGUCGGAGCUUCCAGAGAUGAGACCGGAUUCUUUCCAGCACGGUCCCCGACCCCGGCAAGGCAGGGCGUGGGGUCGGCCGCCCCCGUCCAUUCGGGUCCCUCCGCCGCGCCGCGCUCGGACCCCAGGCUGCCAGCGCUGUCGCUGCUCACUUGAGUCCCGCUGCGUCCCCUUGUGCUGCGCCGCCCGACGGGCAUGGACUCGGGCCGGGACUUCCUGACGCUGCACGGCCUACAGGAUGACAAAGACCUACAGGCCCUGCUGAAAGGCAGCCAGCUUCUAAAGGUAAAGUCCAGCUCAUGGCGGAGAGAGCGCUUCUACAAGUUGCAGGAGGACUGCAAGACCAUCUGGCAGGAGUCCCGCAAGGUCAUGAGGUCCCCAGAGUCCCAACUGUUCUCCAUUGAGGACAUUCAGGAGGUGCGAAUGGGGCACCGCACAGAGGGUCUGGAGAAGUUUGCCCGUGACGUGCCUGAGGAUCGCUGCUUCUCCAUUGUCUUCAAGGACCAGCGCAACACACUAGACCUCAUCGCUCCAUCGCCCGCUGAUGCCCAGCACUGGGUGCAGGGUCUGCGCAAGAUCAUCCACCAUUCAGGUUCCAUGGACCAGAGGCAGAAGCUGCAGCACUGGAUUCACUCCUGCUUGCGAAAAGCUGACAAAAACAAGGACAACAAGAUGAGCUUCAAGGAGCUGCAGAACUUUCUGAAGGAGCUCAAUAUCCAGGUGGACGACAGCUAUGCCCGGAAAAUCUUCAGGGAAUGUGACCACUCCCAGACAGACUCACUGGAGGAUGAGGAGAUUGAAGCCUUCUACAAGAUGCUGACUAAGCGGGUGGAGAUUGACCGCACUUUUGCAGAAGCUGCAGGCUCUGCAGAGACCCUAUCAGUGGAUCAGUUAGUGGCAUUCCUGCAGCACCAGCAACGGGAGGAGGCAGCAGGGCCUGCACUGGCCCUCUCCCUCAUUGAGCGCUACGAGCCCAGCGAGACUGCCAAGGCACAGAGGCAGAUGACCAAGGAUGGCUUCCUCAUGUACCUGCUAUCGGCUGAUGGCAGCGCCUUCAGCCUGGCGCACCGGCGGGUCUACCAGGACAUGGGCCAGCCACUCAGCCACUACCUGGUGUCCUCCUCCCACAAUACCUACCUGCUGGAGGACCAGCUCACAGGACCCAGCAGUACAGAAGCCUACAUCCGGGCUCUCUGCAAAGGCUGCCGCUGCUUGGAGCUCGACUGCUGGGAUGGGCCCAACCAGGAGCCAGUCAUCUACCAUGGCUACACUUUCACUUCUAAGAUCCUGUUUUGUGAUGUGCUCAGAGCCAUUAGGGACUACGCCUUCAAGGCAUCCCCGUACCCAGUCAUCCUGUCCCUGGAGAACCACUGCAGUCUGGAGCAGCAGCGUGUGAUGGCGCGACACCUGCGUGCCAUCCUGGGGCCCAUGCUGUUGGACCGGCCACUGGAUGGGGUUACUACAAGCCUACCCUCUCCUGAGCAACUGAAGGGGAAGAUUCUGCUGAAGGGGAAGAAGCUUGGGGGGCUGCUACCCCCAGGAGGAGAAAGCGGCCCGGAGGCUGCUGUUGUGUCAGAUGAAGAUGAGGCUGCUGAGAUGGAGGACGAGGCCGUGAGAAGCCGCGUGCAGCACAAGCCCAAGGAAGACAAGCUCAGGCUGGUGCCAGAGCUCUCCGACAUGGUCAUUUACUGCAAGAGUGUCCACUUUGGGGGCUUCUCCAGUCCUGGCACCUCUGGGCAGGCUUUCUAUGAAAUGGCGUCCUUCUCUGAGAACCGUGCCCUCCGACUGCUCCAAGAGUCAGGAAACGGCUUUGUCCGCCACAAUGUGGACCACCUGAGCAGGAUCUACCCGGCUGGAUGGAGAACAGACUCCUCCAACUACAGCCCUGUGGAGAUGUGGAAUGGGGGCUGUCAGAUUGUGGCUCUGAACUUCCAGACCCCUGGGCCAGAGAUGGACGUGUACCAGGGUCGCUUCCAGGAUAAUGGGGCCUGUGGGUAUGUGCUGAAACCUGCCUUCCUGAGAGACCCCAACACCACCUUCAACUCACGUGCUCUGAUUCAGGGGCCCUGGUGGGACCCGAAGCGGCUCAACAUCAGGGUCAUCACUGGACAGCAGCUGCCAAAAGUCAAUAAGAAUAAGAAUUCAAUUGUAGAUCCCAAAGUGACGGUGGAGAUCCAUGGUGUGGGCCGGGACAUGACCAGCCGCCAGACUGCAGUAAUCACCAAUAAUGGUUUCAACCCAAGGUGGGACACGGAAUUUGAGUUUGAGGUGACUGUGCCUGAGCUUGCCUUGGUGCGCUUUAUGGUGGAGGACUAUGAUGCUUCCUCUAAGAACGACUUCAUUGGGCAGACCACCAUCCCCUGGAAUAGCCUGAAGCAGGGAUACCGCCAUGUCCACCUCUUAUCUAAGAAUGGAGACCAGCAUCCAUCAGCCACCCUCUUUGUGAAGAUCUCCCUCCAGGACUAGACCUGGGGAUCAAGGUUUGCCCUGAGUGGGCCAGGCCCUUUGUCCACGCCUGGGGCAGGGCUGGUGUGGCUGCUCCAACUUCUGGUGUGGAGUUAGAGGCGUCUGAACUGCCUUCAACUCUAAUACACUGUGCUGCUGCCUCUCUGGGGUCCCAGGAGCUGGUCCAGCCCCUGGAACUGUCUUUAAUUCCGUUAGGAACAUCACUGCAGCCCUCUCCACCCUCUGGCCAGCCUUAGGUUGAGGGUUUUUAUAAAAAUCUCAACUAGA